AUGGCGUCUGGAGGCGGCUCGAGCCGCCGCGUGCUGCGGUCGCUCGACCACAUGUGGAUGGGAACGAACAACAAGUUCAUGCGUAAGCUGCGGCCAACCUAUGCCCAAGCGCCGAUUCCGUUUGUUCCGCCCAAGGACCGCAUUGCCUUUUGGAACAUUGUGCCCGGCGACGUGGUCAAGCUGCGCACCGGCACGGUGGGCCGCGACGAGCAGGACCGCCAGAUUCGCGGCGAGGGAAUCGUCACGUCGGUCGACCGCACGACGAACCGCCUGUGGCUGCGCGAUAUCAGCGAGGAAAACAAGCGCGCGCCGAAGAAUAUUAAGCACGUCAUUCCACGUCUCGUGGACCCCGAGGCAGGCCCGGAAAAGGGCUUCUCGGGCAAUAUCUCGUCGGUGCCGCGCCCGGUACACUACUCCAAGGUGAUGCUCAAGGUGCCGAACACGGACACGUAUGCGUCGCGCAUCGAGCGGUCGAAGCCGUUCUUUGACAAGCGCAAGAACAUGUUUUGCUGGAAGCGCUUUGCGGUCGUCAAGGCGACCACGGAAGAAGCCGUGCGCUCCGGCCGCGCGCUCGAGCGCGUCGAGGUGCCGUGGCCCAAGCUGCCGGAGCGGCGGCGGCCGUUCAAUGCGAGCCACGCCGACGCGCAGCUCGUCCAGGAAGAAACUUUCCGGCCGUGGGUGCCCGAGGACCCCGUGCUACUGCCUAUGCACAAGCCGCGUACAACGCCUGCGAACGAGGCGAUUGCUGCUGAGAAGUACGAGCAGUGGGAGGCGCGGGUGGCGCGAAAGCGCGCCGAGCACAAUGCGUCGAGCGCCGCGCCUCUCGGCGCCAAGUCCUACGAGGGCUUUGCGCCGAAAGAGACCAUCCGCCCGCCGCCGGUUGCGCAGCCCCCGCGCGUGUCCGAGCUGGUGCACGCGGAGGAGGAGCGCCUCGCAGACUUUGUGCACAACCCCGAGGCGGAGGAGCACGUCGCCAACGGCGGCCAGCUCUUUGCCGCGUCGGACUACCUCGACAUUGCGCCGCAGGUCGGCCCGGCCGCGGGCGGUGACUGGAGCGCGCUCGGCACCACGCCGACGAACGGCGAGCGCGACGCUGCGGGCCGCCUCGCGCACGCGCCGAGCAAGCGCGAGGUGGAUGCAAUGCCGAUCGAGCUGCUCAUGGCCAAGGACCUCGCAAACGAGCGUGGCCUCAAGUGGCGCAUGCGCCGCUACAAGCAAAAGAAGGAGGAGCGUGCCGCAGAGGCGGCCGAGCAAGAAAAGGAGCACAAGUCGCUCAUGCGUGAGCUGGAUGCGCUCCGUAUGUAA